GCGCCAAGCCUGACUUCCUCCGCCCGCAGGCCGACGAGAUCGAGAAGAUCCUCUGCCACAAGUUCAUGCGGUUCAUGAUGAUGAGAGCCGAGAACUUCUUCAUCCUGCGCAGGAAGGCCGUGGAGGGCUACGACAUCAGCUUCCUGAUCACGAACUUCCACACGGAGCAGAUGUACAAGCACAAGCUGGUGGACUUCGUGAUACACUUCAUGGAGGAGAUUGACAAGGAGAUCAGCGAGAUGAAGCUGUCUGUCAACGCCAGGGCUCGCAUCGUGGCGGAGGAGUUCCUCAAGAACUUUUAGACCAUGGUGCUGGACUCCACGGCUUCACGUUCUCAUUCUCUCCUGCGUCUCUGCACAGCCGCCCUGCCAGGCUGGGGGGCCGCAGCCUGGGCCUUGCUCUCGGGAAGAGAGAUGAGAAGCAGCCAGAUCUUAUGGAGCUGUCCAGUGGAAUGUACAUUGCAUUCUCCAUCGUCCCCGGGGAAGGGAGGGAGGAGUUAAUAUUUGAAGCAAACCGUGCUUGUUUGAGACCGUGUCGACUCCAUGUUCUUUUUUAAAUGACUAAUCAUUUGCUGUAAUGUCUCCGAUUCUCCUAGCGGUGGGGGCGCGGGGUUGGAGGGGAGCUUUGGCUGCUAUGGCGCUGGACAGCACGAGUGAUGCGCGUCUCCUGCCCCGUGGCCGGCAGCUGCCAGCCGCCCUGCCAGCGUCCAGCAGGGCCCCUCUGCAAAGGGGGGUGCCCGCUAGCUGCCAAAUGUGGCUCCUUGCCCCUAGUGCUCGGGCCGCAGCUAGGACGCGCCUGGUGCCAUCCGCGGGGGUUUGGCCCAGCAGCAGAGGGGCCUGCUUUGCUCUCGGGGCAGGACUGCAGCUCUCUCGGGCUGGGGCUGGGCCCUCCACCUCCCUGCUCCUGGGCAGUGCCUGCUCCAGUCUGCCUGUUCCCUGCGGGGGCGGAGUGGGGAAGGCUGCAGCUUGUCUGCCCUGCUGGAGCUGGGGGUCCGGGCACAGCGGCUGUGGCAGCUGCUGUGCCUGGGCACCCCGGUCGGCAGGCAGGCAGCCCCCUCUCCUUCAACCCACCCCCAGGAACAGGGCAUUCCCGGCGCAGCACUUCGUCUCGCCGCUGGCCUUCACCUCCGCUCCCUCUGCCUGUGGUGGAGGGAGCCGGGGCUCUGCCCAGAGCAGGGCCUCCCCUGACGGAGCUGGAAUCUGUAACUCUUGGUUCUUUUGCUUUUGCACUUGCUGUAACUUUUCUUACUCUGAAACCUUCCCUAUUAAAGCCUUUUUUCAUGCC